AUGCUUACGGAGGCGCUGAGGUGGCGAGCGGCGUGCCUUCAGGCAGCGGCGGCGGCGGCGGCACCGUCAUCAGCGGCGGCGGCGGCGGCGACGCAGCCAGAGUCAGCGGGCGGCGUGGCCGCCCUGCUUGCCGCCGGCGACAACCUCUCGGCCUGGUCCAAGAGCGGCGACACCACCGGGCAGGAGAAGAAGGGGAUGCCGACAGCUAGCAGCGGAGCGGCGGCAGCGGCGGCCUCUUCCGGCAGCGGGCGGGAGCUCGUGGCGCAGAUUGUUGCCGCUGGUGUUCGGUCGUUGGGCUGGCACAGCUGGCGAGUCCUCGCCGCGCGCGCCGCUUUCAACGCCCUACCCGGCUCCAACCCCUCCCCACCCGCCAAGCCCACUCUUGCGGACGGGCACGCUCUGCUGGACGCCGUGAUAUCACCAGGAAACGGCAGCGGCGGUAGCGGUGCGAAACCCGUUGCCGUGCUCGAAGGAGCGGCCCUGGCGACAGCGGCAGCGUCCGCGGAGUUUGCGGCGCUUCGCGAGGCCGUCGCGGCGAAGGAUGCGGCUGCGACGAUGGCGUGGAAGUGGCGGGAUGCCGCGACUAGCGGCAGCGGCGGCGGCGGGUGGGGAAGGGCGUUUCCCGCGCCGCCGUCGACGACGUGGAAGGAGGCGGUGGCCGUGGCGGCCGGAGGGGGGCAGCGGCGGCAUGUCGUGGCGGAGUGGGAGACCUGGCGGAAGUCCGCGUCCGGGCUGGUGGAGGGGAUGGAAGGCGUUCUUGCGGGCGUGGUGGACGCGGCGCCGUCGCUCCGGUCGGCCCUGGAGGUCCAGCUGCAGGCCAGGAUCGAGGCAGGUCGCUGGCUGGUGGCCUCCGGCGGGGUCCUCUUCCCGACGGGCGGCCGCAUUCCCACCCUCGAUUCUACGGAGACCCUCGUCCAGACGCCGCCCCCACCGUCUUUCUCGGCGACCGCGCCCUACAAGCCCGGGGACGACGCGCUGCCGGUCGGUGACGACCCCGCCUCCGAUGGCGCUUCGGUGGCGGCGGCCGCGAACCAGCGGCAGAGCGCGGCCGUCUUUGCCGACGUCCUCGCCGGCCUGCAGGAGCUCCGCGGCGAGGCUUCCUCCUGGCUGACGGAGGCUAGGGGGUUGUUGGCCGGGGCGGGCGGCGGCGGGAGAGCGGGAGGUGGUGCGGCGGUGGCGAUGACCGACGGGAGCGCGAAGGCGGUCGAGGCGUUGCUUGCCCGCGACGUUGUUCGGGCUAUGCAGUUACCCGAGGAGAAGCUUCUUCGAGACGCCCUUCAGUCCCAUGGCCAGUGGGACCCUAAGGUGUUGGCUAUCCUCACGGUGCCGGUGGCGGCCGGCGGCGGCGUAGACAGUGGCGGCUGGCUCGCCCCCGCUAGGACGCUCUUGGCACAAGCGCCGACGACUCUGCCACCGGGGUCGAGCCACCUGGCGCUCCUAAGGUGGACGAUCGCUGUCGGGGAGACGGCUCAAGUCAUGCUCGCUGCUACCACAGGGGGUGCCAUGAGCUUCAACGAGAGCAGGCCGGCCUUCACGGACAUGGAGCCGCUAGCCGAGCGAGGGAAGACUCUCCUCCUCGGCGGCACCGGGGUGGCCACCCUGCUGUCCGCCGUCGGCAUCGCGCCGCCGGCGGGGGUCGUUCCCCUGUUGGCGGCCGCGCCCCCCGCCCCGCUCUCCCUGCGCCUGGGCGACGGGCCCCUCACCGCCCUGUCCACCGUCGAGGCGGUUACUCGGGGGGUCGACGCCUGUCGCCAGUGGGUGGCGGGGGCGACGGCGCUUGCAUCCCCCGGCGGUGGCGGGGGCGGCGGGCUCGACGGGGCCUCCUCCGCGCGGCUCGUGCAGGAGCUGCAGGCGAACCGGCAGCUGCCUUACGCCGUCGACGGUGCCGGGUUCGGCGGGGGCCUGCGCGCCACCCUCGCCCACGAGCUGAGCCUCAAGGCGCCGGAGCACCCGGAGCUGGCGCACCACCUCGGGAGCAGCGUCGGCUCCUUCGGGGGCGUCGCGAACGGCAUCGUGGACGACGAGGACGACGCCGAGGGGAUGGCGGGGGCGAUUGACAUGAGCGACGUCGGGUGGGCCAGCAGCAGCGACCUCGACUCCGCCAUGGCGGCCAUCGACGUCGUGGGCGCGGCAACGACUACGGAAGCACCGCCACCAGCACCAGCACCAGCAGUGUACCCUCUUGCGAGGGAGCAACACAGGCAUUCGGGGGCCACCCCCGCCGGUAGCAGAGGCGGCGGCGGCGGCGCUGCCGCGCGCAACGGCGGGACGAUCAGCGCCAGGGCGGCCGGGCUGCAGACCGCCAGCGUGGCGCGCGCGGUGCCCCCCCCCCUGUUCACCAACCCCGCGGCCCCCACCACGCGUGGCUCGAGGAACCAGAGGACGUCCCCGUUCAACCUCAAGGCGUGCUCGGCGUGCAAGAAGGGCCGGAUAUCGGUGGACUGCGGCCCCGACGGGGAGCGGCCGGGGUCGCCGCACAACGCCCGGACGGCGGCGGCGGCGGCCGCGGUGCGGGACGCCGCCCUCGCGGCGAAGGCGGCGGCGGCGGCGCCCGGCGCGGGGGCCGGGCCGGGACCGCGCUCGCCCGCGGCCGAGAGCGCGUCCUCGCUCCUCGACCGCAUGCUGGGGACGGCGGCGCUGCCGCCGCCGCCGCCCGCGCCGGUCGUCAAGGCAGCGGUGCCCGCUCCCCGGGUCGCGCCCGGCGCGCCCGCCAUCGGGGGCGCCGGGUUGAAGCGGACACGGAAACUCACGGCCGGGUGCGACAAGCCGGUCGGCAGGGACGUUGCCUUCUGCUCCGACGACUGCGUGGUCUCGGCGCAGAGGCAGGCUGUCCACGCCCUCGUGGCGUACCACCAGAAGCAGCAGCAAGCGGCGAGCCGCCGCUCCUCUUCUUCGAAGGCAGCCGCCGGCGCGGCGGCUAACGGGGGUGGUGGCGGCGGCGGCGGCGCGGCGGCGGUAGGGGCGAACGGAGAGGAAGGCGUUGGUGCGGGGGGCGUCGGAGGGGAGGCCGUCGCGACGACUGCGGAUGGCGAGUCGUCGUCAGGAGGUUGCACAGCGAAGGACGAGCAGGCCUUCGCCAAGGGGCUGGAGGCCGUGCGGGCCCGGAGCGCGCAGACUGCCGGGCAGAGGUUCAGGCACAAGGUCAUGGACCGGUUCCGGGAGCUGUUCGCGGAUGGGAUGGCGGAGCUGGGGGUAGACGCGGCGGACGCCGCCGUGCUCUGCGGGAUGCUGGCCUGGGACCUGGAGCACGAGCUGAACGCCUUCUCGCGAACGAACCGGGGGGUCUACAAGGAGAAGGCGCAGUCGCUCCGCUUCAAUAUCAAGUUCGCCAAGAACCCCGAGUUAUUCAAGGAUCUGCUGUCGGGCGGUACGAGCAUGAAGACGCUCUGCGGCAUGUCCACGGACGAGCUCGCUUCCUCGCACCUGAAGGAGGAGCGGAAGCGCAUCCGAGACGAGUCGUACGCGGGCCACCUGAGGCAGGAGGACGAGGGCAACGAGAUCGUGUACAAGGACGGCGCUCUCCAGAAGAUCGACAAGGUUAAGGCCGAAGCCACCAAGCAGAUGCUCGAGGGAGGCUCCAAGAGCAAGGGUGGUAGCAAGACCGGUAGCAGCAGCAGUGGCGGCGGUGGAAGCAGCACCGGCGGCAGCGGCAGCAAGAAGCCCCGAAGGGUGAAGUCGGAGGACGGUGGCGGCGGCGGCGGCGGUAAGACCAAGCAAGAGGCCGGAGACUCGUCCGAUGAUUCCGGAGACGACGAAGCGAAGGAUGGAGGCGGCGGCGGGGGAGGGGUGAAGAGGUCGGAGCUCCUAAAGAGGAGGCUUUCUGCUAGCUCGGAUCUCGACGGCGGGGAUGAUGGCGGGGAGGGGUCGGCGGCGAAGAGGAUGAAAAGGCUGCUCGCUGUCGGGUCGCCGAUAAUCGGCGACGUUCCCAAGCUGGAGUUCCCGAGCGCGCCGCUGCCGGAAUUCCCCAGCUCCCCUUUGGACAAAAUUCCUUCGCCUCCGGGACCGGGGGAUGACUCGGAUGACCCAGACGACGGGGGCCUGAGAACAACGGACGUGGGUAGAGGAAUCGGGGGCGGGGACGGCGUAGAGUCGGACGGCGACGAAGGCAGCGGCAACACCGCCAAGAGGAAGCGCAGCAAGCACAGGCGCGACAGCAGCGGCGGCGGCGGCGGCGGCGGCGGGCUGCCGCGCCUCUCCUCGCCCCCGGCUUCCCCGAACGCCGACAUCGACAUGGACAACGGCUUGAGCGAGCCCCGAUUUUCUGCCACUAACGAAGACGACGACGACGACAAUGACGGCGACGACGACGAUGACAUGGAGAUUGAGGAGGAAGAGGAAGCAGAGGAGGCCAAGGAAGUAAAACCGUCUCGGCACUCUGCGCCCCCCCCCGGCGGCGGCGGCGGCGGGGGUGGCCGACCGGUGACUCCUCCCCCAGAGGUGGAAGGUAUGACGCGCGUGGCGCCUAAGCCGGGUAAAGCGGGGCGAGCGGCAAAGAGUGAGAACUUCGUGAUCAACGAGCCAGGACGAGAGCCCUUCUACGUCCACGCCUUCCAUGGGGGCGGGCCUGAGCACUGCGUCGACUUACAGGGGCGGCUUCCACGGAAUCUGGACGUUGAUGGCCGCGUAUCGAUGACCAACCUCAACGGCACCAUGAAGUCGAGGGCGGCGGGCAGCAUCAGGGUCCUUGUCCUUCGGCCCGGGGGCGGUGGUCCUCACAACCCCAACGUAUUGAACCGCUUCUGCCAAGAGUUCGCCGCGUACAAGAAUCAGGGCCGAGCCGGGUACUGCUUCAAGCAGUUCGACAAGAAGCACGUGGAGUUCCUCUACCUCGUGCCUCCGGCGCUGGCGCCACAGGUGCCGUUGCUAGCGCAGAACCCCGCCGCCCAGGGCCACCUCGUCUGCCUCGUCAUCACGGUCGCCUCCGCCGUGGUGCCGCCACCGGCACCGGUGAUGUUGGCGCCGCAGCCACCCCCACAGCAGCAGCCGCCGCAGACGCAGUACCUGUACCACCCCCCGCCGCCGACCUUCACGCCGUCCGCCCCGGCUCAGCAGCAGCCGCCAACGCCCACCCAGCAGCAACCGACGCCUCCGCCACCGCCACCUCCCCAACAGGUUCAGCAGCAGGCCGCACCGCCGCCGGCCGCGGCCCAGCUGGAGACGCCGCCGGGCCCGCCGCCACGGGCACCCGUCGGCGCGCCCCCCGCCGCCGCCACGGCGCCGCUCGGUGGCGGUGGUUUGGUGCCGCCGCAAAU